ACCUUCCAAUAAAUAGUAAUAAACUCCACGAGAUGAUUCAGUCUCAGAAGCACCUUUUUUCCUCGAGCCAACUUACCUCUUAUAAUCACCACCACGCAAAUUCUCACAGAAGCACCAAACCAUUGCCACCGAUUGUUUGGGCUCUGCAACUUGCUUUCUGGGGAGCUUUCACAAUGGAUUUCUCAUGGCUGCUCGACUUUUCCAAGGGCAUGGUGAAGCCGGCGGCUGCCACCGCGGUGGUGCUCAUGGCCGUGCUCCUUUCCUACUUUCAGAAGUUGGGUUUGGAGGGAGAGAUGGUUUACUCGAUUCUCAGGGCCUUUAUUCAGCUCUCUGUUAUUGGGUUUGUUCUGCAGUUCAUUUUCAGCCAGGAGAAUAUUGGGUGGAUCAUUCUCGCCUACCUUUUCAUGGUCUCUGUUGCAGGCUAUACUGCCGGUCAACGAGCUAAACAUGUCCCACGAGGGAAGUAUGUUGCCGGAGCUUCCAUUCUGGCUGGAACUGCAGUGACUAUGUUCCUGCUGGUUGCACUAAAUGUCUUUCCUUUCACUCCACGAUACAUCAUCCCUGUCGCAGGUAUGAUGGUUGGGAAUGCAAUGACAGUGACUGGGGUAACCAUGAAAAGGCUUCGAGAUGAUAUCAGAACACAAAUGAACCUGGUGGAGACAGCAUUGGCUCUUGGAGCAACCCCGCGGCAAGCAACACUGCAGCAAGUAAAAAGGGCUCUGGUUAUUUCACUCUCUCCGGUGUUGGACAAUGCAAAAACUGUGGGUCUCAUCUCACUUCCUGGUGCAAUGACUGGGCUUAUAAUGGGAGGAGCUUCCCCUCUGGAGGCCAUUCAGCUGCAGAUUGUGGUAAUGAACAUGCUUAUUGGUGCAUCAACAGUUAGCAGCAUCAUGUCUACAUACCUUUGUUGGCCUGCCUUCUUCACCAAUGCUUUCCAGCUAGAAACCAAGGUCUUUUCUGCAGAAUGAGUUUUGUAUAGUUUUUCUCUCAAUGCUGCUACCCUUUAAGAUUUAAGAGGAAAUUAUGUGUGACCUGCGGGAGAAGCAGCAUCAACCACUGAGGCUUCUACUAGCUAGGUUCCAUUAAACACCAUAAGUGUAUGAUAUGUAUUAAGUUCCUCUGUUUUCUGAUAAUUAAUUUCCCAUCAAAUGAUGUAAAAAAUUUUGAGCA